UGGAGUCGCGUGUUUAAAUGUCAGCUGACAUCCCCGAAGUGAUACAAAUAAUAAAUGUUGCUGCCGCUCCCUCAUUAUUUGUGUUAUUUUAGAGACAUAAUUUAAGCAGCUAUUAUGGAGGGUGCACUGGAGCAGCAUCUUGAUGAUACAAUGAAAAAUCCUGCCAUUGUUGGGGUUUUGUGCACAGAUGCUCAAGGCCAUAAUCUAGGAUGCCGUGGCUCGCUUUCUGAUGAACAUGGAGGAGUUGUGUCUGUGCUGGCCAAGCAAGCUGCUUCUCUAACCAAAGACCCCACCGACUCUCCUACUGUGUGUCUGGAGUCUGACUCUGGGAACAUUUUGAUGAGAACACAUGGAACAAUUACACUGGCUGUACAUAAGAUGGCAUCAUAACUUCUGUUUAUUUCUAAUUGUCAUAUAUUGAAUGUGUGCAGUGUUUUUAAACAUCAUUAUUUUGAGUUUGAAAAGCUUCAACGGUCUAUUGUCAGCAACAUAGAAGUUUAUUGAUCGGCUGAGAUUGUCUUCCAUCAUAUCAAGAACCAUCAUAUAUUUGUGUCCAUGAUUAAUUAAUCAUUGCUUUUCCAAUAUUAGUAUUUUCUUUCAACCAUAGUUUAGACGUGUUUACUGUGUCUUACCCCCUUUUUUUGUUAAAACUAUUAUUUCCUGGCUAAUAAAUUGUGUUAUUUAAGGAAAA